CACAGAGUCGAUGACAUGUCGAUUCUUCUUUGUUGUUUUAUUUUAAGACUGCAACAUGAUUUUGUGAUUAAGAAAAAAAUAAACAUUUUAUAUUAGUAUGCUUGACUUAAUUCACCAAAAUAGAAUUUGUGUGUUCUUUCUAGUUACUUCUUAGAGUUUCCCUUGUGAAGCUAUUUUGGUUACUUUCAGGAUACCAGCGGGAAUUGACCUUCCAGAGAUAUGUUGGUUCGGACAGUCCUUUCGGAAACCGCGAUGAGGCAGGAUACAUGUGGCUGACUGCAUUCGUAGCUCGCAGUUUCCAUCAGGCCAGACCCUACAUCUUCGUGGGCAACCAGACUCUAGGGAGGGCACUCAGCUGGAUGGCAGACAGGCAGAAUGUGGAUGGGUCCUUCAAUGAGCCUGGCCUUGUGUUCGACAGACAGAUGCAGAUUAAUCAGUACACGCUGGAAAACGCCACCGUGAAUGCCACGAAUUACCUGGAGUCAGUGGCUCCCUCUAUCACGAACCCCUUCACUCUCGCCAUUGUCAGCUACGCCUUGUCUGAGGUUGGGAGUUCGGUAGCAGAUGUCACAUUCAACAAACUCAACGCUCAGAUGAGGUUCACGGUACUCUGAAACACUGGACUGAACCCACUACCACCUCCUCUAGCUACUACACAAAAUGGACUCCUUCACACACACGUGCCCUGCCAAUCGACAUCCAGACUACGGCUUAUGCCCUUUUGGCGUCCUCUGCACGUGGUGAUCUGAAGGGAGGUCUUCCAAUCACGAACUGGCUGACUUCACAGAGGAACCCGUAUGGUGGCUUCUCCACGACGCAGGUUAGUGUGUUGUCAUAUGUUAGUCCAAUAUUACACCAUUGAGAAGUCAAAACAAGUUACUGG